AUGGCUGCUGUUUUAAACAGUACACCAGUAUCAAAUUCAAUCGUAAUAUCCACUCGUUUUACAGAUGAAUAUGAUCUUAAAGAAGAACUUGGCAAAGGUGCAUUUUCCAUUGUACGUCGUUGUAUUCAAAAAAGUUCCGCACAAGAAUUUGCUGCAAAAAUUAUUAAUACCAAAAAAUUAUCCAGUCGAGAUCAUCAGAAACUCGAUCGAGAAGCUCGUAUAUGUCGACAAUUGAAACAUCCAAAUAUUGUUCGCCUUCAUGAAAGUAUCUCAGAAGAAGGCUUUCAUUAUCUUGUAUUUGAUCUAGUUACUGGCGGAGAACUAUUUGAAGAUAUUGUAGCUAGAGAAUUUUAUAGUGAAGCUGAUGCCAGUCAUUGUAUUCAACAAGUUCUUGAAGCUGUACGACAUUGUCAUGAAAGUAAUAUUGUACAUAGAGAUUUAAAACCGGAAAAUCUUUUACUUGCAAGUAAAACAAAAGGAGCAGCUGUCAAACUUGCUGACUUUGGUCUUGCGAUUGAAGUAAAUGGUGAACAAACACAAUGGUAUGGUUUUGCUGGAACUCCUGGUUAUCUCAGUCCUGAAGUGCUCAAAAAAGAACCUUAUGGUAAACCAGUUGAUAUCUGGGCGUGUGGCGUGAUUCUUUACAUUCUUCUUGUUGGUUAUCCACCGUUUUGGGAUGAAGAUCAACAUCGAUUGUAUAAUCAAAUUAAAGCUGGAGCUUAUGACUAUCCAUCACCUGAAUGGGAUACGGUAACAAGUGAAGCAAAACGCUUAAUUGAUUCAAUGCUUAAUAUCAAUCCGAGCCGGCGUAUAAGUGCUACGGAUGCAUUAAAGCAUCCAUGGAUUUGCCAACGAGAACGUGUUGCCGGCACAAUCCAUCGACAAGAAACUGUAGAUUGCUUACGAAAAUUCAAUGCACGUCGAAAAUUAAAGGGAGCGAUUCUAUCGACGAUGUUCGUUAAUCGUACAUUGAUACCCAAUUCGACUGCAUUCGCUAAUGCUUCUGCGGGAGUUACUCAAACUCCGACUGAUGGAAAGAAAACAACGAUGGUUACAACCAGCGGUGCCGCUUCACCGGUUGCCAAUAUUGCUGUAUCGUCUGUGAUGUCAGCUUUGUCUAGUGGAGGUAAUCGUUCUCGGCCGGCCACUCAAAGUACGAACAGUGCUAUUAAAGAAUCUGCCGAUAGUAACAGUGCAACCAUUGAUGAUGUAAAUGAUGCCGAACGAGUCGAUCGAUUAAAAGAAAAAGCAAAAACAAGCUCUUCUGAAAAUCCUACAGGCGAAGAUAAUACUUCACCAUCAGGAUCAGCAGUUUCGCCUAUAGCUGUUUCUACACCAAUCGAUCUAAAUUCAGAAAUAACCAAAGUAACUGAACAACUAAUACAAGCUAUUGCUAAUAGCGAUUAUGACAUGUAUAAAUCAUUGUGCGAUUCGAAAAUUACCUGUUUCGAACCAGAAACAAUAGGCAAUCUUGUUGAAGGACUCGAUUUCCAUAAGUUCUAUUUUGAUACAGGGCGAUUUGCUCGCUCCGAUACAGUUUUGUCAGCGAAAGCAAGUAAACCAACAAUCAACUGUACGAUGUUAACACCAGUCGUACAUAUAUUAGGAGAUGAAGCAGCUUGCAUAGCCUAUGUUCUUCUCCUACAAUUUCUUGAUCGAAAUGGUCAACCACAAAGUGUACGAACCGAGGAAACUCGUAUAUGGCAUAAAAAAGAUUCACGUUGGCAAUGUGUUCAUUUCCAUCGUUCGGGUAUGCCUGUUGCUGCAGCUAUAAAAUCUUCUUUUGCUACUACAACAAUGUAA